UUCUAAUUGAUGCCUGUCACCAACUAGCCAAUUCCUCCUGCAUGACACACCAAGAGGCAUGUACCAUUGAAAUUAUGCUUGCCUACUUCGUCGCAGAAAGAUAUCAGUAGUGUGGGCUUCGUUAUUUUAUUUUGGCAAUAUUCCAAGUAAUUUCAACAUCGCAUUGAAGUGGUCAUCGUUUAAGGAUUUUGGGUUUAGUCCUGGCUAUCGGUGAAAUCCUCGCGUGCAACAGCGGAUAAUUUUGGACAGGAUCAUGCGAGUUGUAGUGGGGCCGAGAGAUUAGGGGCGCUGUGGGGUUUAUUGUUGAGGGUGAGUGUUUUAAGUGUCGAUUGAGGGUCCGUUGCUGGAAAUUGAUGUUGUGUGUUGUGUCUGCGAGUGGCUCGGCGGACUCAGCGACAGAAUGUCGUUGAAAGUUGACCUGCUGAAUUUCUGGGGUGAUACCCCUGAGGAUGAGUUCUACGCGUCGCAGGGGAUGAGGAAUAAGAAUGACUUCUUCAAGACGCCACAUGGAACGAUCUUCACACAGGAGUUUUUGCCUAUUGAGCUGCAGCCGAAGGGCAUUUUGUGCAUGACACAUGGCUACGGCAGCGACACGAGUUGGACGUUUCAAAUAUUAGCCUUGGAGGCGGUCAAAUGGGGUCAUGCAGUGUAUUGUGCGGACAUGCUUGGCCAUGGUCGGUCUGAUGGUAUUUUGGGUUAUAUCACGGACGUAGAGAAGAUGGCUGCAGCUUCGUUAACAUUUUUCAAGGAAAUGCGGGACAGUGAUGUUAACAAGGGGCUCCCUACAUUUUUGUUUGGUGAAUCCAUGGGAGGAGGUGUCACAUUUCUGAUGCACUUUCAAGAUCCCAAGGGAUGGGAUGGCUUCAUAUUUGCAUCGCCUUUGUUCAAGAUGCCUGAUCUAAUGAGACCAACACGUCUAGAAAUUAUAGGUUUCUCACUUCUACGGCGCUUCGUGGACACUUGGGCCCUCUUUCCCGAUAGAUUCAAGGGCAAGAGAGUAGUCGGUGAUCCCAUCAAAGGAGCAACAAUCUUCCGCAAUCCACGACGAUACACAGGCAAGCCCCGCGUUGGCACGAUGCUUGAGCUCUCCAGAAUGGUCGACGACAUCUGCAUGAGAAUGGACAAAUUCAAUGCCCCCUUCCUCACCCUGCGUGGCACUGCCGAUGAAAUCACGGCUCCUGAAGGCAACCAGGCGUUGUUUGAGAUGGCCGCCACCCCUGACCGAACCUUGAAGCCUUAAGACGGUGCAUAUCAUCUGCUGGUUCAAGGAGAGAGCGAUGAGACUAGCGCCGCGGUGUUGAAUGACAUCAGAAAGUGGCUCGCUGCGAGGGCAGAGCGGAUGCAACGAGGUCGCGCGUGAUUGGAAUUUUCAAAUUAUCGAAAGUGCUGUUGGAGCUAUUUCCCAAGCUCUCACAGAAUUAGGUCAAUCUUUGAUUGCCACGAGAUUGUUGCAAGGAUGGAUUCAUGGUUAAGAUUAAGUUUAUGUGCAAGUAAAAUAAAAAAUAAAAUUAACUGUCUACGUCAGGUUUCAUGCUGCA